AUGUCAGGAGAAAUACUCGCCAAGUUCAAAUCCAAAGCCACGGACGAGGAAAAGGAGCAGGAAAGGCAACAACCGGGACUGGCGCGAAUCCGAAAGUUUCAUGCCUUGAAGACCAAAGAGAUUGUGCCCAUCAAGGUGGAGGAAGUGCCCGAGAAGGUACCACUCCACAUGAACUUGAAAUCCUACUUUGUAUACCCCAAUGAAGACGCGAUUGAGGGAAGCACGGCAGCCUUUGCUCACUUGCAUCAGGCCAUGCUCAAGAAAAAGGUUGUGGGGAUUGGGGAACUUCUAGUACGUCACUCGGCCACCUCCAGACUUGUGGCUAUCCAGGCCAUGGAGGAAGUGAUGGACAGGGAUAAUGGCGACGGUGACAGUGACGAGAGAGCGAAGAUGAGAUUGCUCAGUUGUACCCGCCGGGUUGGAUUGUGA